CUUGCUCCCCUCAAACAAUCUUCUAACCUUACAUACAUCUACAAUGAGAGAAGUUAGCUUCAGUGGCCCUAAAGGCCCGGAGCGGACCGGCUAUUGACCUGCCCUAAAUUGUCUGGUAGCCGAACAAUGAAGCUCAUGCAUCUCCGCACGCCAAAGCCACACGGAUGGCGUGCUCAUUUAGACGUCCUUGCGCUCGAGACUCCAACGAGUCGAUGGAGCCACGUUCGACAUCAAUUUCACCAAGUCCAACAUCAGGCUUCAGUAGGAUAGGCGACAUAAAUCCUGUUCCCGACGUCAGCUCAUAAUGACCAUGGUGACCCGCCCCACAGUUCCCGCCCCGCAAGAUGAUCUGAAAACCGUUGUUGAGAGUCGGACCCGGGAAUGGCAUUUUCACAUCUAUUUCCUGCUUCAGUCACCAACCGAGACCGCCGCAGCUCUAGCUCUUCGUGAUGCUGUAUUGAGACUACGCCGCGAUGGAGCAUUCGUUGCUGUACCUCUGUUCAGAGUUAACGAGUACCCAAUGGGACCACACCCAGCUGGGUCAUAUGAGAUCUGGGUCCCUGAUUCAUCAUUUUCAGACGUAUUCUUCUAUUUGGCAGCAAAUCGAGGUAGUUUGAGUGUUCUGGUCCAUCCGCUGACUGCGAAUCAACGUAUCGAUCACGAGACCCGUAACGCUUGGAUAGGCACCCCGUGGCCAAUUUAUUUGGACGUCUUGCCACGUGAUGGUGAUAUCCCACUCCAGUAUCCUGAACUGGGUAUUGGUUGGUCUACAUCACCGAAACACGAGAUAUCAUUAGAGGAGCGACGCAGAAGGGGUGCAGAGGUGGAAGCUUUGUUGGCGGACGAUCCGGAAGCUGCCCCAGCUCCUGAUAAUUGAAGAGGGCUUAGCACAUAGUUUUCAAUGUGAAGCAGUUACGUCCAAAAUAGCAAUCUUGGAGUACGUCACUAAAAAAUAGCAUUAUUUACCGGAAGCUCAACGGACUUUCAAUCGAUACCAACAAAUUUCGCUUCUUUCGACAUGCCAAACCUAAUAUUGACACUCAAGGCUAUAUGCAAUCCAUACUCUACAACACAUUGCCAGCCGCUGAAAUCACAGUGCUCUGCAUCGAUAGAGACAUUGUAGGUAGUGUCGGGUAAUACAAGCAUACACAGCUGAUAUUGGAUAAUUUGUAAAUAUACCAGGCUACGUAUAAUCAAAAUUUAGAAUGAGAAUCUUA